UGCCAGAACCCAGCACUGACUUUAAACGACCUAAAGGCUAAAUCUGCUUAUAAAACUGGUAAUUAACUCAGAGAAUCUCACUCCUAGUCAUACCUGAUUAGAAUAAAACCAAGCACACAUAGAUUUCAACCAUCAAAACCAGAAACCAUGAGAGGGAGAGAGUUCAGAGUUGCCACAAUCACUCCCAUGUGAAACCUGGAAGACGUCAACUCUAACUCUAACUACUCGUCCUAACCAAGAAAACUUCUCUUGUUGGCUUCCCCAUGUGAUAGAAAAUACAAAUGCUUUUACAAUCUUCCUCUCCUGAAAAGAAAAAUAGAAAUAGAAAGAAAAGAAAAGACGAGACAAGAAGGUUUACAAGUUUUAGAAUCCACAAGGUCUCCGACUUCUAUAAAUUGGAAGCAUACACCAAUCUACCCCAUGCAGCCAGGGAAAGAUAUCCAAGGUAGGAGAGAUCAAAGUGCCAAGCUACUCAACCCCGGCGAGAGAGACACCAUACCAUUUCCAUGGAUCCAAAGAAAUCUAACAAGAUCAGAGAUAUUGUCAGGCUUCAACAGAUCCUUAAGAAAUGGAGAAAGCUAGCCAACUCUUCAAAAACCAGUGGCAGUAACGGCACUGGCUUCGGCACCGGCACUAGCAGCACCAGCAGCAGUAAAAGCAUCAAGUUUCUGAAGAGGACGCUUUCUAUAUCUGAAAGGGAAGGGGGAUCAACCAAUGUUGUUCCUAAAGGCUAUCUCGCUGUUUGCGUUGGGGAAGAGAUGAAGAGGUUUAUCAUACCUACUGAAUAUCUGAGCCAUCAGGCAUUUCACCUGUUACUGAGAGAAGCAGAAGAAGAAUUCGGGUUUCAGCAGACUGGUGUUCUGAGAAUCCCCUGUGAAGUGCCCGUUUUUGAGAGUAUCUUGAAGAUGGUGCAGGGAAAGAAGGACAAGUUUAGCACUCAGGAAUGCAGACUUAAAGUUGAAGAAAUAUUGGGACACUGCUCAAUAGAAAACCAGCUUGCUUACUCUCAUCAUCCCCAGAGUCCAAUGUGCAGAUAGUCCAGGAUUUUUAAAGGCUUACUGUUAUGUUUUUCCCCCCUUCUCCUUUUUCUCCCCAUGGAGGCCAAUCAAUGUAUGAGAUUGUAAGGCUAGGGAAGAGGAAUUUAGAUGAUAUAAGACAACCUAUUUGGGGAUUUAUGAAUAGAUCUUCUAUUGUCUAAAUCUAUUUUCAUAUUCCAGUGCACAUGAAUUGUUUUCAGUCCCUGAGACUUAUGAAGCAUAUCUAUCACCUUUGAUAUCUGAA